CCGCGCUGCUCAGAGCCGGAGCCGCUGUCUUCGGCCCGAGGGUGGCAUUUGGACUCUCGCCCUUGGAGGGAGACGCGGCCGCAAGGUCUUUGGCCGUAGACCCGUGGACCCUCUUCGGGGGCUCCUCGCAUAGCCGCAGAUUGCCUCGGAUGGUGACCUGCGUGUGACAGUCCCAUCAGCUCUUCUCAGCUCUCCUGAGGCAGCAGCUGGCAGCUCCCCUGACCCUCAGGACUUGCCUGGAACACCUGGGUGACUGCGCCCAGCAUGGCGGCCCCGCCACCCCCACCGCCAGACCCCCAGUUUGUCCUCCGAGGCACCCAGUCAGCGGUGCACGCGCUGCAUUUCUGUGGAGGAGCCCAGGGGCAGGGGCGCCCACUCCUCCUCUCAGGGUCCCAGAGGGGGCUAGUGCACAUCUGGAGCCUGCAGACUCGGAGGGCGGUUGCCAUCCUGGACGGCCACAGGGGCCAGUGUGUGACCUGGCUGCAGACACUGCCCCAGGGACAUCAGCUCCUCAGUCAGGGCCGGGACCUGAAGCUGUGCCUGUGGGACCUGGCAGAGGGCAGAAACACCGUCGUGGACUCUGUGCACCUGGAAAGCGUGGGCUUUUGCAGGGGCUCCAUCCUGGCUGGGAGCCAGCAGCACUGGACACUGGCUGUGCCAGGCAGAGGCAGCGAUGAGGUUCAGAUUCUGGAGAUGCCAUCCAAGACGUCAGUGUGCACCCUGAAGCCGGAGGCAGAUGCCAAGCCGGGCAUGCCCAUGUGCCUGGAGCUGUGGCAGGCCGACUCCAGCCCCCGCCCGCUCCUUCUGGCCGGCUAUGAGGACGGAUCGGUGGCCCUAUGGGACGUCUCUGAGCGGAAGGUGUGCAGCCGCGUCGCCUGCCACACAGAGCCUGUCAUAGGCCUUGACUUUGACUCCCAGAAGGCCAGGGGCGUCUCAGGCUCCGCAGAGAAGGCGCUGGCUGUCUGGAGCCUGGAUGAGCAGCAGGCCCUGCAGGUGUGCGGAACUCACAAACUCACCAAUCCUGGCAUCUCUGAUAUCAAAAUCCGGCCAGACCACAAGAUCCUGGCCACCGCAGGCUGGGACCAUCGUGUUCGUGUGUUUCACUGGCGGACGAUGAAGCCGCUGGCCGUGCUGGCCUUCCACAGUGCUUCUGUCCACUGCGUGGCAUUCGCCCCUGACGGCUUGCUGGCUGCUGGCUCCAAGGAUGAGCGCAUCAGCAUAUGGUCACUCUACCCACGCACAUGACUUACCUGCUCCCUAUUCAGGACUCACAGAUGGCAGGGAGGUGGCGCCUGAACUUCGACCUGACCUGGACACAUGGAAGCCGUGCUUCAAGGACCCCAGAACAUGGCAAGUCGUGGGUUCUCCUCCUUCAGUUAUGAGAAGAGCUUGGUCCUUGGAGUCCUCGCUUUCUGCACAAUAGUGACUCUGCAGUUUACAAAGAGUAACUGGGCCAGACGUCUGGGCACUUAUGGCCCAGGUAAGAGGCCAACCUGGCGGUGCUUUACAGUAAACUUACAGUUGCGAUCCUGCAGCCUCGAGGUAUGAAUUCUCUGAGGCAACGCCGCUGGUACCCCUCAGGAUCAGAGUCAAGAGUCAUCCGUGGGCCCUCCACUGGGCAGGGUGGUCAGCCCCAUCCAACAGGGGACACUGAGCGUGAUCCCCACGUCCUGUUGACUCCAUGUGGCUCUUCACCCCAAGGACAGCCAGAGCUCCUGACUCACAGGGCUGAGGCCAGGACAGUAGAAGGAAGUGACUAACUUCUAGGCGAGUGAGACAGAAGGAGAGCACCGAGGAGGGACAGCACAGGCAACUAUGCAGAGAGAGCCUGUGGUGUGGGGCCAGGCCCAAGGCAGGAUUAGUGGGAGGAUGGGCCACCCCAAAGAGAACAAGACCAGGGAUGGCAAGGGGCCAUGUCCCGGGUGACUUCUGGGCAGACAGCAGAGCAGCAUUAAGUGAGAUAGGCCAGGCCCUCCUCGUGACUAAGGCACAGUCACAGCCGGCACCACACACACAGGGAAAGUGGGAAUUAGCAGACAGAGCAGGCAGUGCACCCAGCAUCUCCACCCAUGUGUGGCUGAGUCCGGCUAUCAGGGCAUCUUCUCCUAAAGCUGGGCCAUUGAUGGGGAAGAAAUAGGACGCUGAGCAUUAGGAUGGGGGCUGUGGGCAGACCCCAAUGAAGCUGGGGGCCUCAAACCCCUUCAUUCCACUGGCUUCUUUGCCAGAAGAGCCCACUUUCGGCCCUGCCUGAGGAGAUCAGUAAAGUUUACUGCAGGACCUUUACCUGAAGGACCUGGAAUGGUCUCCCCUGAGACAGGGACCUUGCAGGACACUCCGGACUCCCAGCCUCUCCACAUGGCCCCUCCCCCUUUGCUUAUAACUAGACUCAGGUCCCAGCAGGCCCCCAAAGGUGAGGUACAAAGUGUGACCCAUGAGGAGGUGGCUAUGCUCCAAAAGAGCUGCAUGGUUUUCCCAGCUUAUGCAGGCAGAAAUCUGGAGAACACGUGUGGGAUCCAGGUGGCAAGAUAUGAGAUGCAUCAGGCCGAAUCCAUUGAAACAGGUCCACUAACAGAGGGUCUGGAUUCGAUGACGCAGCUCGAGGGGUUAGAAAGGGCUCUAAGGUCUGGUUGGUUGUUUGAAACAUGGACCACAAGGCAGGUACGCUAAGUGGGGUUGAAAUGCCAGAACUACCUUGGGGUACCGCAGAGGGGGUAUCUGAGGGCUUAGGGAGAUUAGGGUAUUCUAGGCAACUUAUCAUGUGAGAUCUGCUCACCCACCAUGGGAGGGUCCAGAGGACGCACUUUUCCUCAUCACUGUGAGGAAUACACGUGUGAGGGAAGCCUGGCCUCCCUGAAGAAUUCUGCAGUCGGUCUCCUCUGCAGGGCAGAAACUACAGUGGGAGCUGCUGCCACAGAAUAGGAAUAACUAAGUGCAGUGGGAACCCGGGGCGACAGGGCCUAGUGAUGGCACGCAAUUGCUAAAGACAGGGUGGACAUGGUUGUUGUGGUGGCCGGUGGGGUCACAGCAGUAGUCAGCAGUCUGAUCUGCAGAGGUGCAGUGCAGGCUGGUUGAUCGUGGGUCCCUGGAAAUGAAAUUGAAGGACAGCUUGCUAAAGUCUGACUUAGUCCACAUGAAUGGAAGUGUUCUGGAUCUAGCAAAAAGACAUCUGACCUGAGACCUGGCUCCUCAGUCACAGACCCAGGCCCCUUAAGGAAAGACCCCACUACACUGCCGCCAACGUGUACUGCUGACCCUCACCCAGCCUUCCUCAGGGGCCUAUGACCACUGCCCAGGGACUGAGUAUUGUCCCCGAGAAGGCAGCCCUGAGCCUGAGCUCACAGAUGUCCUGGAACAGGGACUGGCUUCCCUUGCUGACCCCAUUGGACAGAGGUGCUGCUGGGUGUCCUCCAGCACCUUGAGGAGGAACCACGCUGGUCCCCAAGUGUCCUAUAGCCGGGUCCAUGUUGGGGGUUGUCCUGUAGCCGGGUCCAUGUUGGGGGUUGUCCUGUAGCUGGCUCCAUGUUGGGGGUUGCAUCCAGAGGGGUUUCCAUGUCACAAAUGUCCAUGUGAAGGAGCAGCUGUUUUGGCUGUAGCAACUUGAACCUCAUCAGACAUGAGGGAAGUUGCUGGGUAAGCCAUGUUCUGGUGGCUCUUCACAGGGAGCUGUCAACUCAGACGAUGGAGGGUGGCCUCCCUGAACCGCAGCCUGGCCACAGCUCCCACAAGAGGCCAUGCUCUGAGGGCAUUGUGCUGGGGCAGCAGCCAUAGUCUGUCAGGGCCACCUUCUCAGAACAUUCGUCAUCUGACUCAUCUCUGCAGGAGGUGCCUGCCUGCUGACAUGGCCAGAGGCAGCAGGGCACUGGGUUGGGGGUGGUCAUUUUGGAAGGUGAACUUCUGGUGGUCCAGCCCAUGGCUGGGCUCUCGCGUCUUACACAUGCCUCCCUGACCUCUAACAAAAUUUUCACAGUCAUUUCCAGGGAUGUCCAAGGCCCUAGAGACUGGACCAGAGGUGACGACGGCCACAGGCUAAUGCCAAUAGCAAAGAAUUCUGUCAGACACGUCUGCAAACCCAUCUAGCCUCCUUGCAAAAACAAAUCCGUGAACACGCACACGGCGCCAGCAGCAAUGUCCAUCGUCGCGGGGUGCUGGGGAAAGUGGGGCUGCUCUGCAGAGAGCCCACUGCAAGGGAGGGGUGCCUCACUGGUUAUUCUGAGCCCUUCCAGAGCCCUGUCCAAACCCACUACCACACUGGGAUGCCCCUACGACUUGGAUCCCAAGGCGCCAGGCACUGGGCUGGCACAGCCUCAGGAGGCUGUGAAACCAGCCCCACGUAAGGGAAUGUGCCCCUGCCCCUGUUUAAGUUCCUGUUAUCAGCUCCUCAAGAACGUUGGUGACUCUGUCCUUUGGUAGAAUCACUGUAUUUACCAAAACAGCCACGGAGGCGUGUGUUCCAGGUCAAGGGACAUGGUACUGAUAGGCAGCUGAACCCAGAAUGGCUGAGGUGCGCUGUAUGGGUUGACUGCCAGCGUUCUACCCCUAGAGAUGAUAAAGAGGAAGUGUUUGCAGACACAGACCCGAAGUCUGUACCCGGCCCUCACUUUCACAUUGAAGGCACAGCAGCGGCACACACAGGAUCGUGGGCAGCCGACUUGAGCUGGGCUCCAGGCUGCCCACCAAGUCAUGUGUUGGUAAACAGUGUCCUGGGGACAUCUUGUGGCCGAAUCUCAGUGUAUGGGGGCCGAGUGGAGCUGUGGCAGCCCCCACGAGCCUAGCAUGCCUGCCAUGGACUUCUGUGCACGGUGCGGCCUUGUGCCUGGGUCUGGGCGGAUAAGGCAGCAGGUUCCUCAGCAUCCGAGGCCUAGGGGAUAUCGCAUGGAAAGACUGGGGGCUGGGAAUUUUGUUUACUCAGUUGAGCCACCUUGAACAGCAGUGACACCAACUGUACUAGAAAUGGUGUCCGAACUAGUGGAGCCCUCCAGGACAUCCUCUGGGUUCCUCCUCUGCACCCACUAAGGGACCCGUGGCUUUUGCAUAGCAUGGCCUCUGUGACAGCAGGACCUGGGGCGUUAGCAAAGCACUGCAAACCUGAACAGACUCGAACCUCACACACCAUAAGAAACAGGGGCCCUAUUCUAGACACUUAGCAUGGGGAAGAUGCUUCCUGUUUGCAAAGCCUUAGAUCGUCCUUGUCAUAUUCCCAGUGUUGAGUCCUUCCUCAGACCUGACCUGAUGCUGGGAGCUGGUCACACCCUGGGAGCCAGGUGUGCAGGGGCACUGCCGUCUUCCAGCAGUUGUGCAAACCCCCCUUGAUAGAAGGCUUGAGCCGUUCUCCCUGACCCUCCAGGGUGGGCUGCAGAGUGGGCACAGGUGCUGUCCCUGCGGCUCUCACAUAGGACAAGCAGGUGUCUGCAAGGAGGAGCCGCCAUGGGGCUCCAAGGUUGCUCCUCACCAGAAUGCCAUAUGCACCCUCACAUUCAGUGUCUUUGACGUUAACUUUGGGCCCUUAACAUUCUGAGGAUGGGUGUUUUCCCUUUACGUGUAUGCUUACAGCAGCUUUAUUCAUUCAUAGCCCCAAACUAGAAACAACUGAAAUGUCUAUUGACAGAUGAAUAAAGAAGCAAACCGUGGUCCGUCCAUACGGUGGGGUUCCACCAGCCACAGAGAGGCACCUGCUGGACCCUGUGGAGGGGCAGUGGUGGCCAGUCAUCCACGGCCUUCGUGGGCCAGAAAGCUCAGCGCAGCCCCAGAUCUCCCCGAGGUCGUGCAGGGUGCCUGCCCAGGUGGGGUUACGUGAGGCACCUGGAGCGGUGCCCUUGCAGAUGCUGUUCUGGGUGUGGCCUCGUGAUGCUCCGAGCAGCCCCGUGGAGCUCAGAGGACAAUGGGAGGCCUCACGCUCCGUGGCAGAGUUUGUCCAGUGUCCAUUUUGCCACAAUACAAAAGGUCUGUUUUCCUUAAAGAUGUUUCCACACACUGCAUGUGAGUUAAUAAGCCUAUCCAUGGCCAUCCAGUUGCCAGUGCUGUUCUUCAACCUGUUAGAUGAAAGAGCAGAGCUCCGGCCGGGGCUCUGGCCUUCACUGCAGGCCAUGUGGAAAGCCGCACUCCUGGUCACACACCUGGAGACUGCCUGCACUGGUGCAUUUGCUGACAGUUGGUGCCUGCCUGUCCCCAUGGGUGGCUCAGGGCCAGGCCACGGGCAGGGAGGCAGCAUCUAGCCAUCUCAGGCCCUGCACACCCACGUGCUUUCG